UGUCGCGCUCCUGUACUUGUGAAGUGUCGUAAAUAUUUGUGAUAAAAUGCCGUGCAGUGAAGAUGAUGACUCCCAAACCGGGUUCUCUGAACCCACCCAAGGAAUGUCCAAAGCUGAAUUGCGAAAGACUAACAAACCGAUUAUGGAGAAAAAGCGGCGCGCGCGCAUCAACAACUGCCUCAACGAGCUGAAAGAUUUGCUCAUAGAUGGAUCCGAUAAAGACCCAUCGCGCCACUCGAAGCUGGAGAAGGCGGACAUUCUGGAGCUAACUGUGAAACAUCUGCAGAAGUUGCAGCGCCAGCAGCUCGCGGCAGCCAUCGCGGCUGACCCGGCCGUGCUGCACCGGUUUAAGUCAGGCUUCAGCGACUGUGCCGUGGAAGUGAGGAGAUACCUCUCACGCCUAGCCAGUGUACCCACAGGCCUCAGACAUCGACUCGGCAACCAUCUAACCUCCUGCAUCGGAGGCAUGGAGACUCUCCAGCCUAUGGACUACGCACCUCUUGUUCCAGACCCUCUAAGACUGGAUGACGAAAGACCCAGUGCGUUCCACUUCGUCAGGUCCACCAGGCCUACCAGCCCUCCCCUCAGCCCCUUAUCUUGUGACUCCGCCUGCGAUUCCUCCACUGAACUCGAAACACCACCGCGACCUGUUCAAACAUUCCCGUUCCCCACACCACCCAGCCGCUCUGCCUCCGACCAGGACUCUAGCCCAGAAACACAGAAACCAACAGUAUCCUCAACGACAAUAUCUCCAGAAAGCAGACAAGAUGCGUUACGAAACAAGAAAUAUAUGGAGCCAUUAUCAAUUGUGAUAGAUGUAGAGAACUAUAAAAUAGGCAUCGACGCAUCUCCAAAGCGAGCUGUGGACUACUCCAUCAGGCACAAAUUGAAACGGCCUGUAGUAGACCUAACAGGACCUGCUCCAAAAAUACUGAAAAUAGAUGAUAAAGUCGUUCCGGAUAUUUAUAGAACUCCCGAAAAGUCUGCUUUUACGAGGGUCCCUGAGAGGGUGCCACCGUUUCCUCAUAAGAAGUUGACGCUACCGGAGAGCAUUCCGUGCGCCAUUGAGAGGCCGGUAGAGAUCCGGCCGGUACCUCCUCGAACUGUGAUAAGCCACACUGCGGCGUCACUCGCGCAGUCCUCGCACGUAGGACCAGUCCAACUCAGUGUUCCUAAAGAAGUCAAAUUGGAGGCAGAUAGUAAUUCUAGGUCGCCGAAACAAGGCGCUUCUACUAGUACAGAAAUGUGGAGACCUUGGUGAAAGAUUACAGAUAUUUAUGAGAUCUUAUUAGUUAUUAGAAACCGGUGAAGCAAUUAUGGUUUACAGAGCUAGCAUCCGACGUUUAGCUGUAAAAAAUAGCAUUUUAUCAAAGAAACUGCUUUCAAAAAUUGAUCUUGAAAACUGUUGAGAAGAUUUUUUUAGAAUUUAAAUGUAUAUUUUUUGAUUUAUUGUUAAAGUUAUUUAGAUCUAUGUUAAGAGGGACUUAGGAGUGCCUAUAUCCCUCUCAGUGCCUCCAUAGUUUUAAGAGCGUACCUGUUGGUAUUAUAU